AACACUGCCAGGGUGAAUGUUUGGAGCAUAUCAUGAGUUUAAACCUCGUCUGAGCGGGAUUUUCUGAAUAAAGAGGGAAGCAGUGUAUGACAUUUCCCUCUGACAUGCGGUUCCACAUUAUUAUCGCCGCUGUCUUUUGGUCAGACUUGGUGGAAUUGCGGAAAAUAAGAGGAAUAUCUUCGUCGUAUAAGAGAUUCUACAAAGAGAGGAAGUCCUUUCUGUGCAUUGAUGGGUCUAAACUCAUCCCAUUUGAGCAGGUGAAUGAUGACUACUGCGACUGUGAAGAUGGAUCAGAUGAACCAGGCACCUCAGCCUGUCCUCGUGGCCGAUUCUACUGCACAAAUCUGGGUUUCCGCCCACACUACAUCCCAUCAUCACGAGUCAACGAUGGCAUCUGUGAUUGCUGCGACGCUUCGGAUGAAUACAACAGCCCCUCUCGCUGCCAGAACUCUUGCUGGAAUCUGGGACAGCAGGAAAGAGCGUUGGUCGAGGGCCAGAUGAGGACCCUGGAUGAGGGUUUACGACUCAAGCAGCAGCUAAUCGAGGAGGGAGUGCUGCUCUGGAGGGAGAAACAGGCGCAGCUCCGAGAGCUCCAGCAGGUCGCCGAAGACCUACAGAUUAAACUAGAAGAACACAGCAGGAGGAAACAUGAAGCCGACCGUCUCAGAGAGCAAACCCGGAAGGCAAUGAAGGCAGGGGACGGCGGUGUCAGCCGUUACAACAGCUCUGCCAUCAGCCUUUUCCAGUUAUUGGACAGCAAUAACGAUGGCAGCAUAACAGUGGAUGAAGUCCGGUCUAAAGUGGCAUUCGUCCAAGAUGAGGAGCGAGUUCUUUCUGUGGAUGAAGCCGUGACGUUGCUUGGAGGAGGUCAUCGCAUGGAUUUAACCAUGUUCCAACACACACUCUGGGACAUCCUGACAACCGGAAACAGUGUCAAGAUCAAAGAUACCCACAAUGCACUAGGCCGUCUGGUCGGAGAGGAUUCCCACUUAAAGGCAGCCGACAGAGCUGCAGAGUGGGAGGCGACCGAUCUGAAGAAAGUAGAAGAAUCUUAUGAGACAGUCAACAUGGAAAUAAGUGAUCUGCAGAAGAAACUGGCCAUCGACUAUGGAACCGACUGGGAGUUCCUGUUUCUGAACAGUCAGUGUUACCAGCUCAAAGUCUAUGAGUAUACUUACACUCUUUGCCCCUUCAAUCAAGUCACACAAAAGAGCACUUCAGGAACCGAGGUGUCAUUAGGAAUAUGGGGCAUGUGGGACGGAACCCCCAAGAACCAGUACAGUCAGAUGGUCUAUGAGAACGGAGAACCCUGUUGGCAGGGGGGUUCACGGAGCACCACGGUCACUCUGACAUGUGGAACGGAGACAGGCCUGCGAUCGGUGAAGGAGCCCAGUAAAUGCCAGUACAUCAUGGACUUCCAGACUCCUGUGGCCUGUCAGCCGGUGCUGAAGCAGCGGGGCGUGCACAGUGAACUGUGACCCAUCCUCACUGCUCUACCCUACAUUAAACACCCCCCCCCGUCGGCUCGCCUGCGGUGACAGGCCGGGGUCCUGAGGGUCCCCUCUGACAUCUGUGUUGUCAGAACAUAUACGCUUCCAAAAAAAAGUCCAGCUAAGGCCGGACUCCAAUGUUCACACACUGUUUUAAUCCACUUCUGUUUUCAGUCGGUGACGCCGUGGUUUAGACCAGCGGUUCUCAACUGGUCCGGCUUCAGGACCCACAGGCCACAAC